AUGUCCGGCUGCGAAGGUGGCAAAAAGAAGCCCCUGAAACAGCCCAAGAAGCAGGACAAGGAGAUGGAUGAGGAGGAUGAGGCUUUCAAGCAGAAACAGAAAGAGGAGCAGAAGAAAGUGGAGGAAUUGAAAGCCAAGGCUUCAGGGAAGCCCCUGGCCACAGGUGGAAUUAAGAAAUCUGGCAAAAAGCUAUUCCUCGUAUCUGAGGUGAUGGUGACACUCUUCCAUUCCUAUUUAAACAUCUGGAUUCCCUGCCAUAACAUCUUUGCCACCUACAGCUAG